AUGGCGUUGGAUAGAAAGAGUGUGGACUAUUUGGCAUUGCUUCUCCUCUGUUUGGCUCUUCUGUCCUGUUUGGAUCUGGGAAUAGCGCAUCAGCCUCAUUCCCAUUCCCAUUCUCAUUCUGGUUUCUGUGCAUCCGAUGCCAAUCAUCACUGUGACGACCACCAUCAUCACCAUGACCAUGCGCAUGACCAUAAGGACAAGAUUGAUGGUAGGUCGAAGCUUCCCGAAGAGUUAGCGGAAGAGGAGGAUAUGAAACUAUACGGCUUCGGUUUACCGCAUCACCAUCACCAUCACGAUACUACAGAACUAUCCGGUUUAGGCCUUUGGUUGAAUGCGUUGGGCUGUUCAUUUCUGGUGAGCAUGGCUUCUCUUGUUUGCCUGAUUAUCCUGCCUAUAAUUUUUGUACAAGGGAAACCGUCAAAGGCUGUUGUUGAUUCAUUGGCUUUAUUUGGGGCAGGAGCUAUGUUGGGGGAUGCAUUUCUUCACCAAUUACCACAUGCUUUUGGUGGAGAACUCUCCCAUUCUCAUGACAACCAUGGACACUCCCAUUCUCAUGAUAACCAUGGAGAGCAUGAUCAUCAUGCUAGUUCUGGACAUGGUCAUUCACAUUCUUUAGCUGAUCUCUCUGUAGGAAUAUCCAUCCUUGGUUAG